AUGGUGCUGGAUUUAGAUCUUUUCCGAAAGGACAAGGGAUGUGACCCGGAAAAGAUGCGAGAGAAUCAGAGGAAUCGUUUCAAGGAUGUAAAUUUAGUAGAAACAGUAAUAGAGAAAGACAAAGUUUGGCGUCAACUGCGACACAAAGCCGACAAUUUGAACAAGCUGAAGAAUUUGUGUAGCAAACAGAUCGGCGAGAGAAUGAAAAAGAAAGAAGGAAUAGACGGCGACGAUGCCGUUCCGAAGGAUGUUCUCGAGGACUUGGAAAACUUGUCGUCUGAUAUCCUGAAGCCGUUCACGGUUCCGCAGAUUAAGACAAUUCGUAGUUCCAUUGACGAUGCUAUUCAAACGAAUGACAAGAAUUUAAUCUUGAUCGAAUCGGAGAGGAAUCAGGCUCUUAGAGAAAUUGGUAAUAUACUGCAUGAAUCUGUACCAAUUAGCAAUGACGAAGAAGAGAACAAAGUGGAGAGAACGUAUGGGGAUUGUACACAAAGGAAACAGUAUUCCCAUGUAGAUUUAAUAUGUAUGAUCGAUGGGAUGGAUGGAGAACGUGGGGCUAAUGUUUCUGGAGGACGUGGUUACUUUUUGACAGGACCUGCUGUUUUUCUCCAGCAAGCAUUGACACAAUUAGCUCUCAGGAGAUUGUAUUCCAAGGACUACAAACCACUGUACACACCAUUCUUUAUGCGAAAGGACGUCAUGCAGGAAGUAGCACAACUGUCUCAGUUUGACGAAGAAUUAUACAAGGUAAUUGGUAAAGGCAGUGAAGAUAAAAGUAUUGAAGAGAAAUAUUUGAUCGCUACCUCUGAGCAACCAAUAGCUGCAUUCCACAGAAACGAAUGGAUUUCUGAGAAUAGUUUACCUAUCAAAUAUGCAGGAUUAUCCACAUGCUUCAGGCAAGAGGCUGGAUCCCAUGGACGCGAUACUAGAGGCAUUUUUAGAGUACAUCAAUUCGAAAAAAUAGAACAAUUCUGUUUAACGUCGCCGUAUGAUAACAAAUCUUGGGAAAUGAUGGAGGAGAUGAUUACGAACGCGGAAGAAUUUUACAAAAUUUUGGAAAUUCCUUACCGUGUAGUGAACAUAGUGUCCGGUGCAUUGAACAACGCUGCUGCGAAGAAAUUGGAUUUGGAAGCAUGGUUUCCGGGAUCGGGCGCUUUCCGUGAACUCGUCUCGUGUAGCAACUGUUUAGACUAUCAAGCGAGACGGUUGUUGGUCAGAUACGGCCAAACGAAGAAGAUGAAUACCAGCACGGAUUACGUACACAUGUUGAAUGCAACAAUGUGUGCGAUUACUCGUGUCAUAUGCGCGGUCUUGGAAGUGCAUCAGACAGAAACUGGUAUCAAGGUACCAAAGGUCCUUGCAGAGUUUAUGCCACCUAAGUACGAAAACGAGAUUCCGUUCGUUAAACCAGCGCCUAUCUACGAAAUAAAAGACAAGAAACAAAAAAAGCAAAAGGAUUAAAAAGAUGUCGAGUUUGGAUCUCUCACCUAUAAAACAGAUUCAUUUAUAAUCUGAAUAUUAUCAUUAUUGAAUUGAAUUCAAUGCUCACGAAAUUAAUGAUUAACUAAUAAACUUUUCGUAACGAAGAUCUCUUCACUGAUUUCAUAGGCCGACGAUAAGGGUAUAAAUAAUACAGUUCAGUUCUUUGUAGUCCGCAUUUGUAUUUAUAAAGAUACACAAUUAAGUUAUUCAAGUGGCACCUCGUGGCAUCGUCGAUCGUAUGUACAAUGAAGCUUGAAUGGCGAUGUUUAAUCAAGUGUUUUCGGUUGUAUGCAACUGCCCCGAUCUUUUCAGUUCCUCGGCCUUUCUUAGAUUGCGUAGUACAGAAAGUUCGAAUUCGCUGUCCGACAUUCUUUGAUUUACCUGCUAUUUGAUAUUUGUACUCAAUAUUUACACCUUAACUUUAAGCAGUAAAUAAAUAACAUUCUAGAAUA